CCUUAUUAUUGGAAAGGGAAAUUUGGUGCUUCUCACUCCUCAGGGAGUACACAAUCCAUUCAAAGGUAGAUUUUAUCCUCCAUUGUAUUUGAAGCCUGGUAGUAAGUAAAGGUAAAGGUUUCCCCCUGCCUUUAAGUCCAGUCACCAACUCUGGGAGCUGGUGCUCAUUCUCCUGGAGUACAAGCGAGCCAGCGUUGUCCGUAGACACCUCCAAGAUCAUGUAGCCAGCAUGACUGCAUGGAGCGCCGUUACCUUCCUGCCGGAGCGGUACCUAUUGAUCCACACACAUUUGCAUGUUUUCAAACUGCUAGGUUGGCAGAAGCUGCACAUAACAGUGCACACUCACUCUGCUCCCUGGAAUUGAACCUGUGACUUUUAAGUCCGCAAGUUCAGCAGCUCAGCUCUUUAACACGCUGUGCCACUGAGGGCUCCUGUGAAGCCUGGUAACAUGUUUAAUAAGUCUCUCUUCAUUUAUAACAAGUAAUAUGUGCAUUGCAGUCCUUUCCUCUCUGCAUGGAUGAAAAAAAAUCAUAUUUUAAUCUUGGAAGAGAAUAUGCACUUUGCUUCGUAUUGUCACAAUCCUGGAGCAUGAGUCCCUCAAAAAUCAUUUUUCAAGACAAAACAGAGCAACGGCUGUCCCCCCAAAUGAUGUUGGAAUGCAACUCCCAUCAACCGUAGAGCACAGCCAGUUGUGAAAGGAUGAUAGGAGGUGCAGUCCAGCAGCACUUGAAAGGCCAAGAGGUUGCCCACCCUUUUUCCCAAGUGCAAGGCCUCCUAUCUAUACAAAAAUUUUUCCUUAGACAUUGUUGCUUUAAGAGCAGAAAAUAGGAAUACUAACAAUAAUAUCACUAAAGCAAUGACUUUACAAAAAGCCAAAUACUUAAGCAUGAUAUUUGAUCAGCAGCAGUCCAUUUAUAUGCAAGCAAAGAGGAAGCAGACCCAGACAUUGAAACCCCACUUUCACUAUUCAGAGCCGAUUUAAUCUUUCUUGUCAAUUCCAGCUAUUUUUCUUUAUACUGUACCUGUCUUGAUCCCUUGUUAUAUUUAUUUUAAAUGUCUUGGGGCAUUGCAGCUCAGGAGAAAAAGGUGUAUAUGUCAAGCCAGGUUUAUGUUGACCACACUGGGCUCCCUCCCUGCUCUUGUAUCCUUUGUAUCUUAGUGGAGUAGCCCGUCAGAUACUGGAGACCAUCACACACCAUCCACAUUUUCCAUGUGGCCAAGUGGCACCAGAGCCUAAUAAAGACAGAAGAGUUAUUACAGAGGAAGAACGUACAAGUUAAAAGAGGCUGCAACAAUUUGUUCUUACCUGAGCCUCCUGGCAAGAUUCUCCUUCCUCCUUUCUGAUUCCCCCUUGCGGCAUUUCUUGCUUCUGCACAUUUUGAACUCCCUUUGCAGCAGUUGAGGUAAACUGAGGACAAAGAGGAAAAGUGGGAGCAGGAGAGAGAAAAUGGAACAUUUCAAAAGCAGUUGAAAAAGUGGGACGACAAACCAGAUGCCCAUUCUCAAGCAAUCCCCCGUUUCCCACUCCAAGAAGCGGCCCCGUCUGGACCGGGCCAUGAUCAGCGCCCCGUUGGGGGACUUCCGGCACACGAUGCACAUUGGCCGAGGCGGAGAUGCUUUUGGUGACACAUCCUUCCUCAGUAAUCACGGGGGAUCCAAAGCCAAUGGGUUGUCCUCAGAAGUGGCUGCUUCUCCUGGGACUCCAUCCAAUCCUGGAGAUGUUUCUGGGCCCAUCGAACUGCUGUCUUCCCCUGGGAGUGGGAAUGGCGUCCUUCAAAGCCCAGCAACAUCAACCCCAGAUGGAAGCUUUGUGGUCCUGCAACACUCCGGGACGGAAGAGUGGCAGCCCCGGAAGUCCCCCAACGGGGACCUACAGUUCUCCUUGGAGAGCCCCACAUUGGAACACGCUGAAUCCCUUCUCUCUUUCCAGUUGGACUUGGGGCCUUCCAUCUUGGAGGAUGUGUUGGGAGUGAUGGAUAAAGACUGGGACAGUCUCAAAGGGGAGGAAGAGGAACCAUUGCGAGCCGAAAGCUCUAGCCCAGUGGGUUCGAAUCGUGGUGCAGCAAGAGAAGAGGAAGAUGAGGAGGAGGAAGAAGAGGAGGAGGAGGAAGAAGAAGAUGAAGGGCAAGGCUACAGUUUUGAGGAUGAGCAGGACGAAGAGAUUGGACUAUAGGAUGCUUUGCCUCUGGGAUGGUCCUGCCCGUGCGUCCCCAUAUGACUUUGCUUUUCUUCUGCAGAGUUUCUAAGCAUCUCUCAGAUCUGUCAACCUUUGGUAGUAUACAGACCAAACCUGGCCUGCAAAUGACUACAGGUUGAGACAAUCCUUCUUUGUGCCCUUUUAAGAAGCUUUGUAGCAUUCAAAUCUCUCAUAGUUGAGUUCAAGUGGAAAAUGGACUAAGGCAACCAUGAUUCUCACUAUUCUCUUGCCGAUGCACAGAAAGGUUGUGCAUCAGUUUGUUUGGACUUUCAUUUUCCCCCCAAAAGGGAAAUAAACUUGGCCUCUUAGCCCUGUGAUUUGUCCCACAUUGGAAGCUUGUUGGGCUUGAUGAGCAGUCCCAAAUCACAGGAUGCAAUAUGGCAUGCUAUCUCUGAUCACUGAAAAACUGGGUGUCAGUACAUAGCCGCCUAUCACUUUCAUUUUAUUAUAUUCUCUACAAUUUAUUAUAUUAACUCCAAGACUUGGGACAUCCUUGGAUGUGCUGAAGAAUAAACUGGGUAUUUCCAUAACUCUCAUUCAUCUGGAAUCCGUACAUGGCACAUCACAGAUGCCGUUAGAAAACACAUUGUCUGUUCAUGACAUCUUCCACAUCUUUGUGGUUGAUUCAUUUUCACUCAACCUAAUUGUGGCUCGCUAUUUGACUCUGGGUUUUUUUUCUGUCCAACCUUGGAACUGUUUUUGUUAAGCAGAUAGAAGGACAAUUGAGCUGGUAAAUCAUUUUUCCCCUAUUGAUCUUUGUGGGGACAAGUAGUACACUUGUUCAAUGUGAACAGAGUGGAAUGGGUUAAGAAUGAACAGAGAAAAAUAUAUAGACAUUUUGGUAUUUUUGUUGGCCUCAGUUUCUCCAGAUAAUUCUUACUUUUUUUUCCUAACCAACUUUAAAUAUAUCUGAAUAUUUAUCCGUGUCUAGCCAGCCUUCUAUCUAUUUAUCUGUUCACAAUUUUCUUUUUAUCUCUUCAUCUAUCCAUGUGUUCUUAUGUGUUUCUAGAUAUCAAGUCACUGGCUGUAUUAUUUUGUUUCUCUCCCUAUAUCCCACACUGGUUGCUCUUUGCAUUGCAGGGAAGGACUCUUGCUAUGGGACUCCAGCCCCAGUCUGGGUGUAAGACUGGAGGAGGAAGGCGUUAAAUGGUUUCGGAGAAUGGUUUCACUGAAGAAAGCGCCUUUCUGUUUGGAGAUAUGUGUGAGAGAGGAAAAUCUUGCAUAUCUUCUCAAGGAGCCAGACUAGCGAACGACAGAAUGAGCUAAUGAAGGAAAGAUAUUUUGGGGCAUAAUGUGAAUUGACUGUUGAGCAGAUUUGUGCAUAGCUAGCUACACAACUGGCCAACUAUGAUGAGUGUAACAAUUACACAUAAGUGACCAGGAAAAAAAUGUUUUGUAUAUUGUUAAAAAGUUUUCCCCUAUUUUCAUUAUACUAUCAGUAUACUUUUUUAAAAAGAACUGACAAAAUACGCUUGAAUGAACUGGGCUCCAAUCUCUCUUGUUUUUGCUAGUAAACUUUUUUGGUGCAAACUGACAGUGGACAAAACUGGGAAUGCUCAGGUGGAGAAAACAUUCCUCUUUUUGUUUUCCUUUGAAGCUGUGUUGAGGUCCGGGCUAUCGACAGACUGCAUCUCCAUCAAACAUGAACUGGACAGCUUUCCAAAUAAGCUGCUUUUAAGCUGGAUACAAUUAGUAGGCUAGAAAUGGUGAUAACUGGAGGGGAAUUGACUUGCUGAUACUGACAGACCUUUCCAUUUGAACCCUGUGAUCUCAGGGCCCUAUUCAUCAACAUGACUGCUGGUUCUUUAGCCUUUCAUUUCUUCCCUGCUCUGGUUGAAAUGACAUUCCAUUGAAAGCAUCCUCACCUCUGGAAACUGUCCUACAUGGAUGCUAUUGGUGGAUUUUUAAAGAAAACUUUGGCUAUCUCCUGUAUGUCUGCAUGUAAUGGUAAACAGUUGGAAAAUUGUGUUGUCGAAGGCUUUCAUGGCCAGAAUCAAUGGGUUGCUGUGAGUUUUCCGGGCUGUAUGGCCAUGUUCCAGAAGCAUUCUCUCCUGAUGUUUCACCCAUAUCUAUGGCAGACAUCCUCAGAGGUUGUGAGGUCUGUUGGAAACUAGGCAAGUGAGGUUUAUGUAUCUGGAAGGUCCAGGGUGGGAAAAAACUCUUGUCUGUUAGAAGCAAGUGUGAAUGUUGCAAUUGGCUAUCUUUAUUAGCAUUGAAGAGCCUUGCAGCUUCAAAGCCUGGUUGAUUCCUGUCUGGGGAAAUCCUUUGUAGGGAGGCGUUAGCUGGCCCUGAUUGCUUCCUGUCUGGAAUUCCCCUGUUUUAGAGUGUUGUUCGUUAUUUACUGUUCUAGACAUGAAACAGUCAGGACCGGCUAACACUUCCCAACAAAGAAUUAGCCCAGGCAGGAAUCAACCAGGCUUUGAAGCUGCAAGGCUUUCUAAUGCUAAUCAAGGUGAUUAAUUGCAAUAUCCAAAAGAUUUCUCCCCUGGACUUUCCACAGAUAUAUAAACCUCACUUGCCCGGGCUCCAAUAUACCUCACAACCUCUGAAGAUGCCUGUCAUAGAUGCGGGCAAAACGUCAGGAGAGAAUGCUUCUGGAACAUGGCCAUACAGCCCGGAAAACUCACAGUAACCCAGUUGGAAAAUUAGCCAGUUCUCAAGUCGCUCCCGACACGAAAAAAGAAUCAGAUCAUUGCUGUCUCUCCCAUACCUUUGUGCACUGCUGCUUUCUCUGUAAGUUGGUCUAUUUACUGCACUUCUGUUACUAUGUGAUGUCCAACAGUUUAUAAUAGCAAAGGUCACUACAGCCUAUACCCUUUUGGUUGAUCUCAACUUGAACAGACCUUUCGAAUCAAUGGGGGUUUACAUAAGCCUGGACUCACGAAUAAACAGCUGAUUCAAUGGGGAAAA